AUGCGCGUGCAGACUGGAUCGGGCUCUGGUGAGAGGGGGGGAAUCUCGUCACAGACGUUGUUGACGGGCUCGACGGGAUUGGCGCACGCGAAGGACCUGGUGUCGGCGUACAAGCAGGGGAAGAUCGCGGACAUGACGCCGGAUCUGUGGAAGGCGAAGAAGAUAAUCGACUCGACGCUUCACCCCGAUACGGGCGAACCGGUCUUCCUUCCUUUCCGCAUGUCUUGCUACGUAAUGUCCAAUUUGGUGGUGACGGUGGGCAUGCUGACGCCUGGCUUGGGGACGGCGGGAACCCUGGGAUGGCAAAUCGCCAACCAGUCCCUGAACGUUGCCGUGAACAACGCCAACGCCAACAAGUCGACGCCUCUCUCCGUCAGCCAGAUCGCGAAGUCGUAUUUCAUGGCCGUCGGCGCCUCCUGCGGUGUGGCGUACGGCCUCAACUCCAUCGUCCCCCGUCUCAAGCGCGUCUCGCCGACCACGCGCACCGUGCUCGGGCGCCUGGUCCCGUUCGCGGCGGUGGUGUCGGCCGGCGUGGUCAACGUCUUCCUCAUGCGCGGCGAGGAGAUCCGGCGCGGCAUCGACGUCUACCCCGUGCUCAGCGAGGAGCAGAAGAAGAAGGCGGAGGAGGCGGGCGACGAGGAGGCGCAAAAGAGCCUGGGCAAGAGCAAGACGGCGGCGAAGCUCGCGGUGGGCGAGACGGCGCUCAGCCGCGUCAUCAACGCGACGCCCAUCAUGGUGUUGCCGCCCCUCAUCCUGGUCAGGAUGCAGCGCACCGACUGGCUGAAGCAGAGGCCGCGGAUGGUGCUGCCUAUCAACCUCGGCCUGAUUCUGACCACAUCGCUGGUCGCUCUGCCCUUCGCGCUCGCCGUGUUCCCGCAGCGACAGGCGAUCAGCGCAAAGAAGCUCGAGCCUGAAUUUUGGGAGCAGGGCGGCAAGGACGGCAUGGUCGAAUUCAACCGUGGCAUGUAG